AUGGGACCGAGGAAUGUCCCUCGGUUACCAGUUGCUCGGAUGCCGACAGAGAGGCGCAAACAAAACCAGCUGAAAUCAAUCGCUGAAGAGAGACCCAUACUAGGCUCUAGCUCGAAUGUGGCCAGUGGUGUGGUCGUCCCAAUGGUCAGCCUGUGGUUACCACAGGGUAGCCAAUCUACGGACAGACACAUACCGAAGCAAGGUGAUACCUCGAUACCUGACGCUGAAACCUUGGGCUCCUCUCUGCACCAACCCGAACACGCGAUCGUCGACCAUCAGCGUGUGCUGCUUGGGAGGCCUGUGGGUGAGAGCACUGGCCACAACGGGCACGUUGGGAACUUGCCACCGAACGAGUCCGAUGCCAAGAGCCUGCCAGACCGGUUGGACGUUCAGGGCUCCUUGUUAGACGAAAGCGGGUGCCCGAUCAUCUUUUUCGGCGUUGCACUGGCAGAAUUCGGACAGGAACAUACCGUGUGGCCACAAAUCCGGGACGCUCGAGGGGAUCACGAAAAUGACGGGCCUGACGCCGAAGAAAUAGACAUUUUGAUGUCCGGUCUCAGGACUGUCGAUCGCAUACGUGACUCUUAUGCGGUACUAUACUGGGUCACCUCAACUACGGCCCUAGUUUAUGCGCUAGCGAUCAUGCAUUCGUUACAUAAUAUGCAUCUCUUAUAUACGCAACUAUCAGCGCCUCCUGUUGGAUUUCGUCAAGCCUUGUCGGGGAUAUUUGUCUUGACUUCUACAGCUACAUUAGGCUUCAAUGUUUCCCAACUUCUGGAUUCUUUUCUCGAUAUCUGGGCGUUUUUUGUUAUCCUCGUUCUUAUUUUCUCCAAUGCCAUGAGGAAAAAGAAGGGUCUCUGGACGACUCUGCAGCCGUGGAUGAAUGGUGUUGCUCUGACAUUGGUACAUCGAGUGCAUCCAAUUCAUGUCACAGGGCCUCCUCAACACUGGCAGCCUCAACGGAACAUGUGCUACACUGAUCAGUCCGUUCCCUAUCAAACGCCGGUUCAGCUACUAUACCCGGGCCUAGUGAACUAUCAAGGAAGUGCCAUUCCAGCUUUGACACAAAACGCGAUGGCACAGAAACCCCUGGAUAUCCAAUUGCGACUGAGGAAGGGGAACCAUUAG